CUCCCUACUUAUCUUAUUUAUUUAGUUGACUAACUUAUUACAAAGAUGACUUGUGCCAAGGUUUUCCUUUGUUUGGUCCUUGGUGCACUAGUGUACACUACUAGUGCUAGAAUCUUAGCAAGUAAUGCUAAUUCUUUCAAAGAUGAGAAAUUUCUCUUUGGCCACCAUGGUGGUGGUCUAGGUGGUGGAGGUGGUGGAGGUUUAGGUGGAGGAGGUGGUGCUGGCCUAGGAGGCGGAGGAGGAUUAGGCGGAGGGUCAGGACUAGGAGGUGGUGUUGGUGCUGGAGGAGGAGCUGGUGGUGGUAUUGGAGGAGGAGCUGGUGGUGGUCUUGGUGGUGGUGGUGGCGUUGGAGGAGGGGCUGGGGGUGGACUUGGUGGUGGAGGUGGUGCUGGAGGAGGGUUAGGAGGUGCAGGUGGUGGACUUGGUGGUGGAGGUGGUGCUGGAGGAGGAUUAGGAGGUGGUCUUGGUGGUGGAGCUGGUGCCGGAGGAGGAGCAGGUGGUGGUCUUGGUGGUGGAGCUGGUGCCGGAGGAGGAGCAGGUGGUGGUCUUGGUGGAGGAGUUGGUGGUGGCGGCGGAUUUGGUGGUGGGGCUGGUGGUGGUGCUGGUGGUGGUUCUGGGUUUGGUGCUGGAGGUGGUGCAGGAGGUGUUGGUGGACUAGGAGGAGGAGCGGGUGGAGGAGGAGGAUUUGGUGGUGGUGGUGGUGCUGGAGGAGGUCUUGGUGGUGGUAGUGGUGCUGGAUUUGGUGGAGGUGCUGGAGCUGGUGGUGGGAUUCGACAUAAAUUUCCUUAGAAAAUACAUACGUCUAUAAACAUUAUAGAUGUGAGUUAACUAAAAUACUAUAUAAACUCUUAUUAUUGUAUCACGUUUUAAAUGUCUUUUACGACUGUAAGUUGAGACUUGAGAGUAAUUAUAAGGUCUCUUGUUAUUUUGCGACAUUGUACUUAAAGUGGUACUUCUAAGUAUCCAAUUUCUUAGUGAAUCAAAAAGAAUCUAAACCUUCUAAUUAGUA